AAAGAAAAAAGACAAACAGAAACACUUCUUUCCCUGCUUCCAAACCACAUUCAAAAAAACAAAAAAUACAAAUGGGUGUCUCCGCAUCUUCCUCCAAAACCGAAGCCCUAACGACGUCGCAAACGACGUCGCCAGGCAUUUCAGCGAAAACCUUCACGGGGGUCGGGAACCUCAUAAAGGUCCUCCCGACCGGGACGGUCUUCCUCUUCCAGUUCCUCAACCCGGUCGUCACCAACAGCGGCUCAUGCACCGCGGUGAACAAAACCCUAGACGCCAUACUCAUCGUCCUCUGCGCCGUCUCCUGCUGCUUCGCCUCCUUCACCGACAGCUACACCGACAGUGACGGCAAAACCCACUACGGCAUCGUCACCAACACCGGUCUCUGGCCUUCCUCUAGCUCCGAGGACUUGUCCAAGUACAAGCUCCGGUUCGGAGACUUUGUCCACGCUUUCUUCGCGCUCGUUGUCUUCGCCGUCCUGUCGCUCUUGGACUCCAACACCGUGAGGUGUUUCUAUCCGGAGUUCGAGUUGGAGCAGAAGAUUCUUCUCCAGGUGUUGCCUCCGGUGAUCGGUGCAAUUUCGGGUUCUGUUUUCAUGUUGUUUCCGAAUAACCGCCAUGGUAUUGGUUAUCCUUCAAGUGACGACGAUAAUACCACUUCAUAG